AUGGAAAACGAAAUUAAAGCUUUCUUACCCAACAUAGAUCCGGUUCUAUCGGAGUAUUCAGUUGGAUACCUCACCCAUGCAUCAAACGCAUAUGUCGAGGCAGACCAAAAUGGUCCAUCACCAUUAUCAGAAGCAGCGGUUGCUAUCUCUGCGCUUUUACUAUCAGCUUCUGGGGAUCCGAGUCCAGAGAACCAGUCAAAGAUCAACCAGAUAGUGGAGAAAUGGGUUCAAAAAUUUGAUGGGAGUGGGCAAAAUAAGCAGCUCUCUUCCGCUGCCAAACGACUAGACCAAGCCAUCCAAGUUGGGGCUCAGAGGAAUAUGUCGUCUACUUUGGGUGUGUCGCUUGGAGGUGUUGAUUUGGAAUCCGCAAAUGUUAGAAAAGUGGAGUCGAGAGUUGAUAAAAAGAAGUUGGAAAAAGCAGAAAGAAAGAUUGCUGCCAAACAAAGCAAGAAGGAAUUCAAGGCUGUCGAAUAUGAGGCUUCUAAACUUAUCAAUCAACCCGAUGACGCUCAGUCCUAUGAAGAGUUCUUCAUGGCUGUCAAUCCUUUGCAAUUGGGAUCGGGUCAAUCUACAAAGAGCAAGGACAUCAAGGUGGACAAUAUCGAUGUUUCUAUUGGUGGUUUGAGAAUUUUGUCAGAUACAAAUCUGACCUUGGCUUAUGGCCGAAGAUAUGGUUUGGUAGGUCAGAACGGUAUCGGAAAGUCUACUCUAUUGAGAGCUUUGGCAAGGAGAGAGUUGGCUGUACCUACUCACAUUUCCAUUCUUCACGUCGAGCAAGAAAUCAGCGGAGACGAUACACCUGCAUUACAAGCUGUACUUGAUGCCGAUGUAUGGAGAAAACACUUACUUGCAGAACAAGUCAAAAUCUCCAAACAACUUGCAGACAUGGAGGCAGAACGUUCAUCAAUGGCUGAUACCUCUGAGCAAGCAGAGAAGCUUGACAAAGAGCGCGAAGGUCUUGAUCAGACAUUGGGUGAUAUUCAAGGCAAGCUUGCAGAGAUGGAAUCUGACAAAGCCGAAUCUCGAGCUGCAACCAUUUUGGCAGGUCUUGGUUUCUCCCCUGAACGACAACAAUUUGCUACUAAGACAUUUUCUGGUGGUUGGCGUAUGCGUUUGGCAUUGGCUAGAGCCUUGUUCUGUGAACCUGAUCUUCUACUUCUUGACGAACCGUCUAACAUGUUGGACGUUCCUUCUAUCACUUUCCUUGCCAAUUACCUUCAAGGAUAUCCAAGUACUGUUUUGGUAGUUUCUCACGACAGAGCAUUCCUGAACGAAGUUGCAACUGAUAUCAUCCAUCAACAUUCCGAACGUCUCGAUUACUACAAGGGUGCCAAUUUCGAAUCUUUCUAUGCCACAAAGGAAGAACGCCGCAAGACAGCACAACGAGAAUACGAGAACCAAAUGGUCCAACGUGCUCAUCUCCAAGCAUUCAUCGACAAGUUCCGUUACAACGCUGCCAAAUCCUCCGAAGCCCAAUCCAGAAUCAAGAAGUUGGAAAAGAUGCCGAUUCUCGAAGCCCCCGAAUCCGUAUACACGGUUCAUUUCAAAUUUCCCGAGGUGGAAAAACUUUCUCCCCCAAUUGUCCAAAUGACAGAUGUAUCCUUCGGCUAUACUCCUGACAAGCCCCUCCUCCGCAAUGUCGACCUGGACGUACAACUCGACUCCCGAAUUGGUAUCGUCGGACCCAACGGAGCCGGUAAAACCACCGUUCUUAAGCUUCUCAUCGGAAAGCUCUCUCCUACCGGAGGACUUAUUUCUCAAAAUCCUCGACUCCGUAUUGGUUUCUUCGCACAACAUCACGUCGAUGCUCUCGAUUUAACCACUAGCGCCGUCGGCUUCAUGACCAAGGCCUACCCCGGAAAAACCGACGAAGAAUAUCGUCGCCACCUCGGUGCCUUCGGUAUCACCGGUAUGACUGGUCUUCAGAAGAUGGAACUUCUUUCCGGAGGUCAGAAAUCUCGUGUCGCAUUCGCCUGUCUAUCUCUACAAAACCCACAUAUCUUGGUUCUUGACGAACCUUCCAAUCACUUGGAUAUUGAAGCUAUGGAUGCGUUGAGUCAAGCAUUGAAUGCAUUCCAAGGUGGUGUGCUGAUGGUUAGUCACGAUGUUACAAUGUUGCAAACGGUAUGCACAAGUCUUUGGGUUUGUGAUAACGGAACGGUGGAGAAAUUCCCUGGAGAUGUGCAGGCUUACAAGAAGAGAAUCACAGCACAGGCAGAUGCAAGUGGUGUUGUGCAGGCUCACUAG